AUGUGUCCGUACACGGUUGGAGUCAGUCUGACGAAUCAUAUUUGUGGUGGAAGUGUUCUGGACAAGACCCAUAUCUUGACUGCAGCCCAUUGUGUCAAGCACAUUGGAAAUGAUACAUGGGAUAUUAAAGUCAUCACUAACACCAGCAAUUGGUAUUACAGAAAAAACAAUGAAUUUGGAGUGUCCAAAGCCAUUAUUCACAGAGACUUCAAGGAGGGCCUGCACAACAAUAUAACGAAUCUAGCUGACAUUGCUGUUUUGAAAUUAGAUGCAGAACUUCCUUUGGAGGCGUUGAUGCCUGGGCUGCAGACAGUGAGUCUACCAAAUAGUGCACCUGAGGCCGGGGCAGAUCCGGAGAUCUGUGGUUUUGGAAGAAUCGAUCCGGACGUCUCUGGGCCAUUGAGUUGGAUGUACAAACUACAAAUGAAAACUAUCAGUUUUUCUGAAUGCAGAUUGUCUCUGGGUGAUAGUGGCAGUCCUCUGGUUCAUAAUGGUGAAGUUAUAGGUGUUGCUUCUUGGACGGUGAAGUGCAGUAAUGGAACGCCCCAGGUCUUCACUGAUGUUUUUACCUACAGAGACUGGAUUCAAGAUGCUAUGAACUGGAAUGACACGUCGAAGGCAUCUGCGCACUGGGUAGCUGGCGACAACGUCUGGACAACACUGGACACCCAGGGCGAGGACACUCAAUUAGGGUACCUCACUGAAUUUCAAUUUGAUACAGCUUGCGAGUGCAACUGGGACAACAGCUACACCUUGACACAAGGUGUGAAGAGGAUAACAUGA